UUUGCUUAAAAUAAAUUCAUGUUUUUUUAGAUUGAAAGCAACAAGGGUUUUUUCUUUGUUUUGCUUUUUGCUUCUUCAUUUAGUUUCAUUAAAAUUUAACAAAACUAUGCAUUAAUUUAUUUUACAUAUAUAGUAUAGCAAACAAACAUACAUCAAGAUAUGAAGAGUGGUCGAUUAUUUCAUUCAUUAAUUUAAAUUAAAAUUUUUAAAAGGAGAAGUAGUGCAUGUUUUUUCACAUAUCAAGAUUAUAUAUUCUUUCUAAGGUUUAGUUUUCUUGAUUUAUCCUUUCCAUGCACGUAGCUACCAAAAGGGUGAAAAUGAAACAUUUCAACCAAGCAUUAAUGUUUUUGGUUAUUUUUUCAAACAAAUCCAUGGAUAUAAGGCAUACAUAUUCCUUUUUACAAGGAAUUGUGUUCUCUAAUAUAUAUACAUAGUGAUAAAGAAGGAAACAUGCAUGGAAAAAAGUUCUUAUUGAUCUUGUAGUAGUAGGAAUUAAUAAGAAUGAUGCAGGGAAGUGGACAGUUAACAGUUCCACCAGGGUUCAGGUUUCACCCUACUGAUGAGGAGCUUCUUUACUAUUACCUAAGGAAGAAAGUUUCUUAUGAAGCCAUUGAUCUUGAUGUUAUCAGAGAAGUUGAUCUUAACAAACUUGAACCUUGGGAUCUCAAAGAGAAAUGUAGGAUAGGAUCAGGGCCACAGAAUGAGUGGUAUUUCUUCAGCCAUAAAGACAAGAAAUAUCCAACAGGAACAAGAACAAACAGAGCAACUACAGCAGGGUUUUGGAAAGCUACAGGAAGAGACAAAGCAAUAUACCACACAAAUUCCAAAAGGAUUGGAAUGAGGAAAACCUUAGUCUUCUACACUGGUCGUGCUCCUCAUGGCCACAAAACUGAUUGGAUCAUGCAUGAGUACCGCCUUGACGACAAUGAUGCAGAAGUUCAGGAAGAUGGAUGGGUGGUUUGCAGAGUAUUCAAAAAGAAAAAUACAAGUAGAGGCUACCAACAAGAAAUUGAAGAAGAAGAUCACAUAAUGAACCAUAUGAGAACAACAAAUGCUCCAUGCCAUAAUAAUAUUCUAGAACCAAAACAUCAUCAUCACAAGCAACAACAACAAGGAUUACUAUAUGAUUACAACAACAAUAACAAUAGCUUUGAUGCUACAAUUCAUCUACCACAGUUAUUCAGUCCAGAAUCAGCUGUUCCACCACCACCACCAACUUCAUUUCCUUCAUCCAUGGACAUCCUUGAAUGCUCUCAAAACUUGUUGAGGCUCACAACUCCUGCAUUUUCUGGACUCAAUCUCAUGCAACAACAAGGAGAGAGGUUUCAUGGUGAUUGGUCAUUCUUGGAUAAACUACUUGCAUCUCAUAAUGGCAUUGAUCAUCAUCACACUUUAAGAAACAAAUGUAAUACUAAUAAUCAGCAUGGUGCAGCACCUUCUGUUGAAACUUCAGCUCACAAAUUUCCAUUUCAUUACCUUGGUUGUCACUCUCAUCAUGAUAUUAUGAAAUUUUCAAAGUAAUUAAUUAGUUAAGGUGAUAUGUGAUUACCUUAAUUAAUUAUUUACAAUUGUUAUACAUAAGUGAGGAGACAAAUUUGGAUUCUAGUAUAAGUUUUUUUCUAUUUAGGUACUCUUUGAAAUUCCACGUAUCAAUUUAGUUAAUUAUUUUCAUUUUGAAUAUUUUGAAUUGUAUAUAUAUGCAUUUAUUAUUUAAGUUGUUUGUCAAUUUUAUAAAGUAUUGUUGUACAAUUAAAGUCCCAGGGCUACUAAUAUCCUUGAGAGCUUGUAAGGACAAUCCAGGGCUAAUAAUAUCAGCAAAUUCAUGAAA